AUGAUUGCUUCCCUCGGAAAACCGAGGGAAGAGAUUCCGUACGAAAAUCGCAAGAAUUUGGCACCUGGUUUGAAAGGUUAUUAUGUUCAUAGACUUCUUGUAAAUGCUGUAGCAAUGUGGGCUUCACCUCGUUAUGCUUGUUAUAUUUUCAUGAUGUUAGAUGAACUAUAUAAAGCAGAACGUGGAGAGAUGGAAAAGAAACUUCAAGCAAAAGAUGAAGUCAUUGAAUCCAAAGACAAAAGCAUACAGAAAAGAAUACCACGUUCGGUACCAAAAGGAAAGGAAAAGAGUUAUAAGUAUAUGAUUUACGCUGAAGAGUUGGAGAAAGAAGAAGAUAGAGAUAUGGUUAUGUUGCAUUUAGUCAGAAGAAACAACAAAAGCUUUUACGACCUUGCUAAGAUUUACAAAUCUGACAGAAACUGGUUCUAUCGUGAAAACUUACCGAUUUCAAUGACACCGAAUGAGCAAAUAAAGGAAAUUGUCAAAAAUACUCUUCCUCAAACACACUAUGACAUCAAAGGUUGUACAAUACUUACCUUCAAAGAAGACUUACCGCUACUGAAGGAAAAGAUAACAGAAUAUUUCGACAACUUCAAAGAGGAAGAAUAA